GACUAGCUAACGUUACAGUGCCUUUUGCUCGAGGAUUUAGGACGCGAACAGUAAACCAGUAAAGUGAAACCGUCUUUUGUUGAAGCAAGUGCUCGCCCGAGCCCCUCCGUGCGGGUUUAAAGAAGAAGAAGAAGAAGAAAACGAGGGUUUAAAAAGUGUCCGUGUUCGUCUCGUUUUGUCCCGGGUCAUGGAUUUGGCCCAGCUUGCUUAAGUUCGGUGGGUCAACUUGGGCACGGAUCGCGUUUUGAACUUGUUUUGCAUCAGUCUCUGGGACUCCCACGAAUCUCCAGACUGGCGGCUUUUCUGAAACACUGGGGUUGUUGGUGUGGCCAAAUUUUCCCUGGAUUUGACUGGUAAAUUCAGAAGACUGAAGCCCAGGCUCACAGUCUACCUUUCACGGAGGCCCAGCCGUGAGAGGACUGAGGAAGGCACGUGGCGGAUCAUGACGGCCGACAAAGAGAAGGAGAGGGAGAAAGAGCGGGACAGGGACAGAGACAGGGACCGGGACAAGAGAGAGUCGUCCGGUAAGUCCCGCCGGCAGGAUGGGGAGAGCGAGAGCUCCAGGCCCCGGCGCAGCUGUACGCUGGAGGGCGGGGCCAAGAACUAUGCCGAGAGCGACCACAGCGAGGACGAGGAUAACGACAACGGCAGCACGGGCGGAGGAAGCGGCACGGCGGAGGAGGCCGGCAAGAAGGGCAAGAAGAAGAUGCCCAAGAGGAAGUCGCGCUACGAGCGCACGGAGAACGGAGAAAUCACAUCCUUCAUCACGGAAGACGAUGUUGUUUACAGACCCGGAGAUUGUGUGUACAUUGAAAGUCGGCGGCCCAACACUCCCUACUUCAUUUGUAGCAUUCAGGAUUUCAAGCUGGUGAGUACAUUUUCACUUCCUGUCUGUGCUGUUUUAGCCCCUCGUGUCCUCACACUGAGGGCCUGAGGGUCACCGCUGAUUCGCCCACCCACCCCGUGUGGCAGGGCGUACAGGUGGAGGGUUGCACAUUUGUGGUGCACUGUGGUAGUCUGAUGAGGACGGACUACAAAUCAUAGUGAAAUAAAAUCAGUUUGUUUCAGGAAGUUUGUUUUUAAAGUGUGAUGUGGAAAAGAGAAUCCGGCUUGAAUAUUAACCACCUUUGUGAUCCACUGGCAGUUAAUGCUUGUGAUGGAAAUAAAGAUGUUUGUCGAUGCACUUAAUUGAUUUAAUGAAGGAGACCAUCACCAGUUUUGAAUUGAUUUUUUUUUUUACAGCCUAAUAUGGCCAAAUUGCCCAUUUUGCUGAAUAAAGAAAGAAAUGAGUUUUUAAUUUGCCACAGUCAGUUUAGUGAAGUGGCGCUUGUUUUCUCCGCAAUAGGACACCUAAAAUGUAUCGCGCACACACACAGACAAAUUGAUAUUCACACACUGCAUUCUCUAUGUCUGCUAAAGUGGGGGAGGGAAUUAUAUUGAGUUCACCGUUCAACCGACAGAUCUGUCUUUAUUCAUGUUGAGGAGAAAGAAAUGCAGUUAGAUCAUUUUCUACACCGUCGUCCUCGAAUGACACACUGCACAGCUUACAGCUACCUGCAAGCCAUUCCAAUUACCUUCUUUUUAAAUCAAUAUAUGAUCUUGAAGUGCUGUAUUAGAGGUCAUUGCUAACAAACAAGUGUUUCUUUAGACUCCGGAAAUUUGUCGGUCACAAAGUUCCCCAAAUGCGAACCUACCGCCUGAAGUCGCUUGUUUUUAAUUGGUCCUUUGUCCGGUUUUCAUCUGCCACAUACGGAGCGCGGAACACGUUUUGGCCGCAUCUUUGCAGUGAUGUGCAUUUAAUGUAGCAAAGGCUGCUGGAAUAUGUAAGUGAUGGGUCUGUGUUGCCAAAUGAAGCGGCACCUGACCCUGCCGGAGCGAGCAUCGCCCGUCUCUUAACAGAUCGGUUGUCUGAGCAGAGUGCAGAAGGCUCGGUGAGGGGCGGCCGGGCCCCAGUGGGCCAAAGUAAUGGCUGCCAACAGCUAGGGUGAUGAUGUGAGGUCAGCUCAGAGGCCACCCACAACACUUCUGGAGAAGGUGGACUAGUGUGUGUAUGUAUAUAUGUGCGUGUGUGUGUGUGUGUUGGCACUUAAGUUUCAUGUGUGAAUACUUUUGUGCGUGAAGGGCAGUUGUUGUGUGAAGAAGGGUUUUUUUAAAGUGAGCUGGAGGCCUCGCAGAGGGGAGGAGAGCCAGACCCCACAGCAGCAGGGAUGUAAUCAGAUUGCUGCUAUAGAGAGUGCUGAGGACGGCAGGAACCCCUUCGUCAUGCACGCGCACACACACACACACACACACACACACACACACACACACCUGCACCUUGAUUAAGAGUGCCAGAAGAGGUCUGGGGCAGAGAUUGUCCAGGGAGGGGGAGAGAAUAGUGGCUCCAUUAGCUGACCCCUCUCUCUCUCUCUUCACUCUUUCGCUCUCUCUGUGUCUCCCGCUCUCUCUCACUCCCCCCUUCCCCCCCAUCCAUCUGUAAUUAAUGAAGAGCCAUCUGCAUGCCUGUAUGUGUUUGAGCAGACUGUACCCUUGUCCUCCUAUGUUAGAACAACAAGCCCUGCUGGCUCUCUAAAGAAGUACAGCAUUUUUCAACAAGCUCACUUUGUCGCUGAACUACAAAUCACAAAAGAUUGGCGCUGUGUUAGCGAUGGUCUCUAUUCACUAGACCAGCACUAAAUCCUCUUUGAGGAUGAUAGCUGAUUCAGGCUACAAUUGCACACGUUGGUGUAAAGUACCAUCUACCCUGCUCUCAAUACUAGGGCACAGACUUUUCUGCUCUUUAGUCGGACAUGAUUGUCAGCAUAAUCUCAUUUCCUUCUCUUGCCACAAUAUAUCGAAAAGGAGAAACGACAAGCGACUCGAGGUCCAUGGAAGUGCGCCACGCAUCAGACGUCAACUUGUUCUCUUUAUUUCCUAUCCUGUCAUCCCUGCUUGCCUCUGUCUCCGACCCCCACUCUUCCCUGCCGUAAGAAUUAUCGAUCCUCCCCCUCUCUCUCUCUGUGUGGGGGAGCAGGGCUCUGGAGGCGCAGCAGAGGGGGAGGAAAUUACAUUGGUCCCGAACCAAACAACCUCAUCAAUAUUGCCCGUCUCGCACCCUUCUUCUUUUUUCCUCUCUCUGUCUCUCUCUCUCUCUGUGUCUCCUCCCUCAGUUUUUAGGUUGUAUCAGUCUCACUCGUGUACUUUAUCUAAUGACCUGUGAAUCCAAUUAGCGGUGUAUAGAAAUCCUGAAUGCAGCUAUCAAUCUUUCCUGCCUCUCCGUGUCUCUAUAUCUUUUUGUCCUCUCACUGUGAUUCUGUGAGCGGACAUGCUGCAUGUAUGUAUGUGUGUUUUUCUUUAAUGCUUCUGUACACACGGCGCAGUCAUUCAUUAAUAAGACAUGCAAAAAAGAAAUUCCAUUCUGCAGCAUUAUUGGGGUCGUUUUGAACAUUUAGUUUCCCCAGUUUGUUUACUCAACAAUGCUGCCCACUGUGACCUCUGUGACAUAUUGAUCCAGUCAUGUGGAUUUCAGCCUCCGCCCUUCCCCCUAAAAUGUCUGCCUAGAAACAGAGGUGGCCAGUAGGAGGCCAUUUUAACUGUUAACGGUAUUAAACAAAAUCAGGGGUGGAAGCAAAACAUCGGAAUGCAGCCAGUUAAUUAUCUUUCAUGCCCAUGUUUAAAUAUUAACAUGUAACAACAAUAAUUACAAUUAUUUACAAAACCUACAAGACGAGAUCCGUAUUUGAAGCAUUAAAACGGUGGCACUACAAGUGAAAUACUGCUUAUGACAGAACCAUUCAACGUUAACGGUAAAUUUAAGUGAAUAAGGGACUAGAAUUGCAGCUAUUGCUCCAAAUGCACACAGUACUAGUCAGCAAAAUGUGUCUUUUCUUCCUUCUGAUCCAAUCAAUUAGGUCAAUUACGGGCCAACAAUCCUCUGGUGUGUUUUCCCACAAGGGCUAGUUUCAGUUUACACCCGGUGCCAUGACCUUGUAAUUUGUUUACAAUCUAUAUUUGAUGAGAGUAAUGCAGUCAGUCUGCUGACCGCUCCGUCUGUGUGUGUGUGUGUGUGUGUGUGUGUGUGUGUGUGUGUGUGUUUAUGUUUACAUGCAACUUAUGUGAUGAACAUGCAUAUAUAUCUGCAUCAUCACUCCACACACACUCUACGUGUUGUUUUGAGAGGAGAACCAAUAAGGGACUGAGCUGUGGACAAUCUGCAGCCAUUGAGCCCGGCCUCCCCGAUCCAUCCUGCUGUUCUUACCUAGAUUGUCUCCUCCGUCUUCAUUUCUCUCACUCCCGUCUGUCUGCUUCUACACUUCAUCCCCCCCUCAUCCCCACUCCUCUUUAUCAGCUGUC